AUGGAUCCGUGUCAUUCUGUGUCCCCCAGGUCACCAGCUUAUACUUCAGCUAUCACGGUUGCUCACCUUAUUCGCAACAUUGAACAGUUGAAGAACAAAGACAAACUUAUUUCGCAGCUGGAGAAAGACCUGGGUCACAAGUGGGUCGCUGCUCAUCUUGCAGCGCUGGAGCGUGAGUGCAGUGAGGGGGCCCAAGGUUUAACCAUGAGUGUCCCCUCACAUCCGCUCGGCGUUCUCCCCGAUGAUAGCUACGACCCCUUUUCAUGGACCCCUGCCUCCACCCCUGUAAGUGUUACGUGGUGU